AAUGGCCAAGAACAAAAGAUUGAACAAUAAAGGCAGAAAUGCCAGAGGGCGUCCAAGGAAAAAACUGAAGACUCUUCAUGGAACCUUAUAACGAUGUCCUCAAACUUUAAUAAGAAACAUCAGCGGCUAAUUCAGAACCACAGCGACAAGUUCAAACGAAUGGAGGUACGAGACAACAAGAAGACCCAUUAAUUAUUGAGACAGACUAACUGGCUUGUUAUGAGAACAAGAUAAGGAACCAAGAAACCUCCAAGUUCGGUCACAGAAUACCCCUGCAGAGAUUAUAGAUUUGCCACAACAGCCGCCAAUACCUGAACCUGAACUAGAUAAUGAAACUAUGGCCGAUAGAAUAAGAGAUAGGCGAAGAAACGCGGCACAGGUAGCGGAAAGAGCGUUAGAAGAAAUUAGACGUGAUGGUGCCUUUGAUUAUGAUCCCAACUUUGAAUACAUCAUUGAGAAUGACACCAACGGUUUUAAUGAGAAUGAUGAGCCAGUUUAUGAACAACAACAACAGCGGAGACCACAGAACUCAGUUUAUAAUCCAGGUGACCUUGAAAAAUGUUGCGAUUAUUGUCACGCUCUCCUUAUCGAUGCUGAAUUACCAUCUUUUUGUUGUGAUAGGGGGAAAGUUGUACUCGUUUUGAUAUUCAAAGAACCUCCACAGUACAUGAAGGAUAUCUUAUUGGAUCCAAUCACGUCCAAAUAUUCUCGAACAAUCAAUACAAUUCUUUCGCUAUCAUCUUUGGGCUCUAACAGUACUGGUGAUUCGAGAGGUGGAACUUAUUCAAUGACCAUCAACGGACGUUUAUUCCAUAGAAUGAAUGGUAUGAUAGCUCAAGAAAAUGGUCAAGAGAAAUUUGCAGAAAUUUAUACACUAGAUCCAGGAUUAGCUACAAAUCGUCAUCUUGAACUGCUUAGUGGUGUUCUUCAAAACGAUGAAGUAUAUAAUAAACUUCAGGACUACAUUAGCAAAAUUGGUGAAUUUCUAUUUCAAAACAAGUGUUAUGCACAGCUGUUAUAUACCGCUAGAGAAAUUGUUCAACAGGAAAUUACAGAGAUGGGCUUAACAAGAGAAGGGACUAUUGUUGAAUUCACCAAUAUUGAACCAACAGCACCAAAAAAUUCAGAACAUCGUACUUCUUUAUUACUAGAGGUGUAAGAGUUUGAUUUGGCGCUUAGGAACAUAACAGCAAAACAGACUUCAUUUUCAGUACGUAUAAAGGAA